AUGGGCGCUCCUUCCACCCGCUCGUUAAUAUAUUUUAUCGCUUCUACACUCGCUUCUCUCACUGCUCUGAUACCAGUCGCCGAUGCCGGGGACAUCCACGCGUCUUCCCACUCGCCACAACGCUAUCUGGUCUCCCUGAACCGCGGCCGAUCUAACGGCCUAGAGGAGUUCAAAGCGCACCUCGACAGCACCGGCGUAGAUUACAAAGUCCGGCUGGACUUGACCACCCAAGUCCCGGACGUUUACCACGGCGUAUCCGUCGAGCUCUCGGCCGAAAGCGACGUAGGAUACCUGAAAAGCUUUGCUCAUGUAGAGAGAGUCAACCGAGUGUACAAGCUCUCGGUCUCGCAGGCGCUUCCAAGCCACAAAAGCGGCCCACCGGCGCGGUCGCCCCCCGAGCGCAGCGCGUCUCCGUUGCCGGCGCACGUGCAGACGCGGGUCACAGAGCUGCACAAGAUGGGCGUGUAUGGGCAGGGCAUCAAGGUGGCCCUGCUGGACUACGGCGUGGACUGCAGCCACCCGGCGUUGGGGGGCGGGUUCGGGCCGGGGUUCAAGAUCGGCUUCGGCCGCAGCUUCGUCGAGAGCCCCGACGAGGACGCGGCGCCUCACUCCAGCUUCAGCCCAUUCGAACCGCAAGGCAGCCAGGCAAAGGGCAAACAUGGCAAAGAAAACAACCCCCGCAGUCCCUGUACCCAGUGUGCCUCCCAUGGAACACACACCGCUGGAAUCGUCGGCGCAUCAGACGCGGGCUACGGCUUCACUGGCGUCGCGCCGAAUGUCACCCUUGGCAGCUACCUUGUUGGAUGCGGGUCAGACGCCGGGCUAUCUGAGGACAUCUUCCUAGCCAGCUUUCUCCAAGCGUACAAAGACGGGGCGGACAUCAUCUCGACCUCGGUGGGUGAGAUCGGCGGGUGGGGGGACGACGGGGACCUGUUACGGGCAGUCAACAAGCUGGUCCAGGAGAAAGGCGCGAUCGUUAUUGCGGCGGCCGGGAACUCGGGCGGGGAGGGCCUAUUUUUCGCAGACCUUCCCGCCUCCGGCCGCAACGUGAUUUCCGUGGGCUCAGUCGAGUCCGCCGCGCUCAUGGCCCGCACCUUCCGCGCCUCGACCGGAAAAAUCCUCGCCAUGUACCGCGUCUCUCCGGCCGCCCUUCCCGGAGCCCAUCCGGUCUACGUGACCGCCAAGUCACCCGACGUCAUCGAUGAUGCGUGCCAGGAGCUGCCCAAGAACACCCCCAACCUUACCAACUACGUGGUCCUGGUCAAGCGAGGGACCUGUUUCUUCACCGACAAAGUCAAGAACGUCGCGGCCAAAGGCGGCAAGCACAUGCUGAUCUACAUGAACUCGAGCGCGAUCGUGACGAUGCCGGACCAAGACGAAGACUACAAUGUGACGACGAUUCCGAUCCCGUUAUCCGCUGGCCGCUACAUCUUUGAGCAGGCGCUUAAGGACCCGCGCGGGUUCCGGGUCUCGUUCCCGAACACGCGCCACUUCUAUGUGCCCGAUCCGGACGGCGGAUUGCCGAGCCUGUAUUCCACUUAUGGCCCGAGCUUCGAUUCUGAGAGCCCCCAACCGGCGAUCGCUGGAGUCGGCGGUAACGUAGUGUCCACGGUGUCUAUGAAAGAAGGAGGUUAUGCGGCGAUGAGCGGGACAUCGAUGGCGGCCCCACAGAUCGCGGGGAUAGCGGCCUUGGUGAUGAGCGCGCGCGGCAAGAAGUUUACCGGGCUGACGAUGCGGGCGCGACUAGCGACGAGCGGGAAGCCAUUAGCCAGUCCGACGGGCGAGAAGCGGCUGGACACUGUUGUCCAUCAGGGCGGAGGCCUUAUCGACGCGUUCUGUGCCGUGUGGACCAACACGAGCGUGUCGACGCCGAGCCUAGUGCUCAACGACUCGGCCGCCUUCCGGGCCAACCACGAGUUCCGGAUCACCAAUGCCGGCCCGCGCGCCGUCCAGUACGUCCUCAGCCACCGGCCCGCCCUGACCCUCCAGACGUUCUCGACCGCCUCCACGUAUCGCCGCCCCGACCCGAUCCCGCGCGCUUCCAACCACACCGCAACUGCACAAUUCACCAGCCCCGCCCGGUUCCGUCUGCAGCCGGGAGCGUCCCAGGUCGUCCGGGUCAGCUUCGCGCCGCCCACGGACCUCGAGCCCCGCUGGCUCGCCGUCUAUUCCGGCUACAUCGUCCUCAGCGCCGAUGUGGAGUGCGAGAGCCACCACGUCCCGUACUACGGCGUAGCAGGCGCGCUCAAGAACCAGUCGAUUCUUGACCGUGGGCCGGACGAGAACAAGACGGCGACGUACCCCCACCUCUCCUUCCUGCCCGCGGGGCCGGACGGCUCGGAGGAGACGGCGCCGGCGCUGGCCAGACCGUUCGUGUGGAGCCGGAAGAAACACAAUGCGACGGCGCUGCACUACCGGACUACGUUUGGCUCGCCGGUGGUGCGCGCCGACAUCCUGUCGGGGAGUGCCGUGCUCUCGCGCGCGCCGACGACGACCGCGGCGUUCGAGCGGACGUUCCGGGGCGCCCGGCUGCUGGGGCUGGUGGUGGAGAGCGAGGACCCGUGGGCGCAGCGGACCGAGGCGGGCAAUGCGGUGUCGCGGCACUGGAACGGGACCGUGGUGGCCCCGGGGACGAAGAAGACGCCGGUGCGGCUCGGCCCGGGGUCCUACAAGCUGCUCCUGAGGGCGCUCCGGGUCUCCGGCCAGACGCACGUCGAGCGGGACUGGGAGUAUUGGCUGUCGCCCGCGUUCGAGCUGCGCGACUAA